AUGCUGCGCACCAUCACCUCCAGCUCGCAGGCGACUGCCGCACGCAACAGACUCGGCUCCUUCGGUCGUUGGUGCGGUAAGAACCUCAACUUCUACAGAGUACACGUCAUGGUCUUCACUCUCGUCCCUCUCAUCGCCGCCGGCAUCUUCUACGCUUGCAAUGGCGAGACGCACGUCAAGUUUAUCGACUGCCUCUUCGUCUGCGUCUCGGCCAUGACCGUCACAGGCCUGGUCACCUUCAACAUCAGCACAGCCAACGGCGGUCAGCAGGCCAUCCUCUUCAUCCUCAUGUGCUUCGGCAACAUCUCCGCCGUCAGUGUAACCAUGAUCUGGAUCCGAAGAAGUUUCUUCCGCAAGAAGUUCGAUCGCGUCAUUCGUCGCAGUGCAAAGGCACGCAAGCGCGUCCACGAUGUCGAAGAGCAGGAGCGCAGAGAUCGACGUCACAACAUUGCAAAGAUCCAGCGCAUGGUCGGACUCAAAUCAACCGACAGCGCCACUACCAUCAGCGACACCGAGGAUCAAGAUCGCACCGACACCAGCUCCAGCGACCAGAUCGAGCUUCGUCGAAUGGAAAAGAAUAAGCAAAAGAGCAAGGCCAAGCGCGGACCAUUGCGUGCAGACAUGAUUCGCCGCAUCGAUGGGCCCGCCUUUCUCAUCAACUCGGCCGGCGAUCGUGUCAACUCGGUCCCUGAACAUUCCAACGAGCAUCGCAACUCGCUCCCGCGCGAGGCGAGUUCAGUCGGCUCGCCUCGUAUACCCGCUGCACAGCCAGGUGCUAGCAUUCUCAACACCGAUCAAGAGAGGCAAUCGUCCAUUGUAUCGGACGGCCAAGGGCAGCAGCCCAACAUUCGCAUCGCACUACCUCAUGAGACCAACGCUUCUGAUGCGGCUGGUGAGAAGAGCACCGAAUCGAGGGCAAGCAACUCGGAACGCAAGGGAUUCUCCAUACCACGCUUUGAUCAUCGUCACGACCCUGACGCCGACUCGGACGAGGAGGCGAUAGCAGAUGAAGAAGAGGAGGAGGAGGAAGAGAUUCAAGAAGAAGCCUUGCGUUCGCCGCCUCUUCGGGCGAGGUUUCCGGAUCACCAGAUUCAUGGGCGCAGCAGACGUGUUUCGGAUCCACCCGGCUUUGCCUCACGCCGUGGCUCCGACAGCGGUCUGGCGCAAGCAUACAGCAAGCACGAGAAGCACGACAUGUUCCCUCGUGCGCAGACCGUAGAGUUCUCGGUACCUAGUGACUAUCGGUCUCCAGUCGAUUUCCAACGGGGACAAGGCUACACCACGGGCAUGAAUGUCAACGGUCCCGGCGGUUUGAGGCAGCGCACUACUACCUUCAACCGUACUGUGACCACACGCUCGGGCGUCUCCGGCCGCCUCAGCACCGGCAGGACGGGCGUGCCACUUGCACGCACCCAGACUUCGUCCAAACAACGAGGCUUUGGUGGUUUCCCCACCCCGCUCGAGAUCGCAGGCAUGGCCAUCAAGAAGGCAGUCCCAGGUGUGCAGGAGCGACUGCAGCGCACAAUGACCAUGCCUCGCACCUCCACAUUCACGUCAGUGCGGUCCGGCGGCGGCAUCACGGAGAGCGGCAACAAGCCGGCUCCCUACCUCACCUUCGACGCCACGGUCACAGGCAACUCGCGCUUCCACGCUCUCACAGAGACACAGCGCGACGAGUUGGGAGGUGUUGAGUAUCGUGCCCUCGACUUGCUCGCCAAGCUCGUCCCCGCUUACUGGCUUAUUGUCAACCUGGGCAUGGUCACGCUGGUAGCCCCUUACAUCAGCAGCAACGCGUUUCGAAAGUAUCGACCUCCCUUCGAUGAACAGGGCGAAAACAAGCCCGACUAUACAUGGUUCUGGUUCUUCCAGGUCAUCUCGGCCUACUCAAACACGGGCAUGUCGUUGGUCGAUACCAGCAUGACGCGGAUGCAAGACGCCUACUUCCUGCUCAUUCCCAUGGGCUUCCUCAUCUUGGCGGGCAACACGGGCUUUCCCAUCCUCCUGCGCUUCUUCAUCUGGACCAUCUCGAUCUGCGUUCCGUCCACGUCGAGGAUCUACGAGACGCUGCGGUUCUUGCUCGACCAUCCGCGUCGAUGCUUCGUCUAUCUCUUCCCCUCGAGCCAGACGUGGUUCCUCUUCUUUAUCUUGCUCCUGUUCAACUGCAUCGACUGGCUCGCGUUCUUAAUCCUCGACAUUGGCAAUCCGGUCAUCGAAUCGAUCACGCUCAGCAUCCGCGUCUUUGACGGUCUCUUCCAGUCGAUUGCGGUCCGCGCAGCUGGUUUCACCGUGGUCAGCCUGUUGGCGCUCGCACCUGCCGUGCAGUUCCUCUACGUCAUCAUGAUGUAUCUCUCCGCGUUCCCACUCGCGCUCUCGGUGCGCAGCACCAACGUCUACGAAGAAAAGUCGCUCGGCGUGUACGUCGACGAGCCAGCAGACCCAGGCACGGCACCGUCAGAGUCGAAAGAUGCCAAGGUGUGGGGCUCCUUCCUCGCAUCGCAUGCUCGACGCCAGCUGGCCUUCGAUAUCUGGUGGCUCGGCUUCGCGCUCUGGCUCAUCUGCAUCAUCGAACGCAACGACAUCGUGGACCCGGAAUCCAACGGAUGGUUCACCAUCUUCAGCUGCCUCUUCGAGCUCACUUCGGCAUACGGCACGGUCGGCUUGAGUCUCGGCACGCCCUUCGACAACUUCAGCCUGUCAGGGCGUUUCCACACCCUGUCGAAGCUGGUGGUGUGCGCGGUGAUGAUUCGAGGCAGACAUCGAGGAUUGCCCGUCGCCAUCGACCGCGCUAUCCUGCUUCCGUCCGAGCUGGAGCAGGAGGACAUGAUGGACGACGACCUCUCGCAUCUCGACGACACCUGGGAUCGGGACAGCACCUUCGUCGCCGAUCCGACAGCCGCGACGACGGUGCCGGUCUUUGCUGGAGGCGCGGUGGAACGCCAACGCACCACAAGCAACGCCAGCAGCAAGAACGGAAUGUCGAGCGUCAAACGUUCGCAAUCUGGUGUGUCGUUCGCGCUGAGCCCGGCGACCAAUGCGAGACGAAGCAGCAUGCCGCCUGCUGCGAUGGAGCCGCUGUCGCCGACAACGGCACCUGCGGAGUUCGGGGUGCAGGAACCGCGAAGGAGCUUCACGCUGACACUCCCGCCGAGCAGUCUACCGCUGCACCAUCAGAGCAUCUACUCGUCAGGCGGACCACCGCCGAGUCACAGCACCGGAGGUGGCAUUCUCGGCGGCAUGAUGGUGAGCACGCCAGGCCCACUGACUGCGAUCGACGAGACGCCGAGCGGAUUGGGUGCUACGCCGAUGAGCGAGAGCCGAUCCGAGUCGCCGCGUCCGCCAGCUGGUCCUGCCCAGCGCGACAACUUGACCCCGUCGAGCCUGGAUACCAAGGCGAGCAGCGAGGCUAGCACCGCGAGUGUCAAGGGCAAGGAACGGGAAUCGCCUCAGAGCGCGGUGGAUGAGGACAAAGAGCGAAGAGUGGCGCAGUCUGCGGGCUGCUCGACGCCCAACGGACGGCAUUCCCCUGUCAGCGGGGCGGAUUGA